AGUGCCGUAGUGGUCUGCUCAUCGAUACACAGAGUCACACAGGGGCAGGACGGGCGGCAGGCUGUACACGGCAGGCUCCAGCAGGCCACACCAUGUCUAGGCCAGUACACGUGCGACCCCUGAGUGCUUCUGCGGGGGAGUGACCUCAGUGACCUGCCGGGGGGGGCGUGGCAUGGAAAUGUUGCGGCGGACCAAUAGAUCUGAUGUGGUUGACCUGUUCAGAGGAAGUACCCCAUCACCACCACCACCACCACCACUACCACCACCACCACCACUACUACUACAGCUUAUCACCACCACCUCCACCACCACCACAGGCAUUGUAUAGAUGGUGUGUGCUAAGUUGACCUCCACCACCACCACCCACCACCACCAGGCUUCUUCAUCACCACUACCCUUCUAAGUAUUCAGGGUGGUGGUGCUGCUUCCUGGUGGUGGAAAUGGUGAUGACAAACAGACACACUUACCAGGCUGUCCCCCUAGUCGUCUUUGAGCCAGAUGAUGACUCAGGCGGCGUCGGGAGUGACGCAAAUCCCCGGAGUGUCGCCAACGGGGCGCUACACCACGCUCGUGCCGCUCAUCUGCAUCCUCGUGGUGUCGGCCAUCAAGGAGAUUGCCGAGGACAUUAAGCGCCACCGUGCGGAUGAUGAGCUGAAUAAGAGGGAGAUCGAGGUGCUGAAGGAUGGGCAGUGGCAGUGGAUCAAAUGGAGGCACAUACAGGUGGGCGACAUCGUCAAGGUGCGCAACAACAAGUUCUUCCCGGCCGACCUGGUACUCCUCGCCUCCAGCGAGCCACAAGCGCUGUGCUACGUGGAGACAGCCAACCUGGACGGGGAGACUAACCUCAAGAUCCGCCAAGGCCUGCCACAGACGGCCCACCUUCUGGAGGCACGCGACCUCAUGAACCUGUCUGGCAAGGUGGAGUGUGAGGCCCCCAACCGCUUCCUCUACCAGUUCACCGGCAACCUCAAGGAGACCAGCCGACCGACCGUGCCGCUGUGCCCUGACCAGGUGUUGCUGCGUGGGGCCAAGCUGCAGAACACCACCUGGGUCUUCGGGCUCGUCAUCUACACCGGCCACGAGACUAAGCUCAUGAAGAACUCUGCUACCUCAGCACCUCUCAAACGCUCCACCGUGGACAAGCAGACAAACAACCUGAUCAUCCUGCUGUUCUUCCUGCUAAUCGUCCUCUGCCUCAUCAUGGCCGUGUGUAACUCACAGUGGCCGGCAGCCCUACACUGGUACCUCUCCCUCGAUGAUCCCAGCAUGUUCAUCUUUGGGAUCAACUUCAUCACGUUUAUCAUCCUCUUCAACAACCUGAUCCCCAUCUCGCUGCAGGUGACCCUCGAGGUGGUCAGGUUCAUACAGGCUGGCUUCAUCAACAAUGACGUCAACAUGCUGUACGAGGAGAACAACGUCUGGGCCAUGGCGAGGACCUCCAACCUGAAUGAGGAGCUGGGCAUGAUCAAGUACGUUCUCUCAGACAAGACCGGCACUCUCACCUGCAACAUCAUGGAGUUCAAGAGGUGCAGCGUCGGCGGGAAUGUCUACAGCAUGACCGACGGGAGUGUCCAGGAGCUAAUAGUGCUGGUGGAGAGUGGGGGGCCGGGCUCAGAGAUGGCUCGGCAGUUCCUCACCAUGCUGGCCGUGUGUCAUACCGUCAUUCCCGACCGAGACGAGGCCUCGCCAGAGAGUGGAAUCAAGUACCAUGCUGCCUCCCCUGACGAGAGAGCGCUGGUGGAGGGAGCACAGGAACUGGGCUUCGUGUUUGAGACCCGCACGCCGGAGUAUGUCGUAGUGGACGUGCUGGGGACAAAGGAACGCUACGAGGUGCUUAACGUGCUGGAGUUCACCUCGCAGCGCAAACGUAUGAGUGUCAUUGUGAGGACGCCGCAGGGCCAGAUCAAACUGUACUGCAAGGGUGCCGACACGGUAAUCUAUGAGCGCCUCGGGGACAGUCAGCAGUUCAGGGAUGUCAUCGUGAGGCACCUUGAGGACUUUGCAGGAGAGGGGCUGAGGACUCUGUGUUAUGCUGUGGCCGACAUAUCCCCUGACUUUUAUGAGGAGUGGAAGAACACCUACUUCAAGGCCAGCACAGCGCUACAGUUCCGCGAGAGGAAGCUGGAGGACGCGGCGCAGCUCAUCGAGAACAACCUGACCCUGCUUGGAGCCACUGCCAUUGAGGACAAGCUUCAGGACGAGGUUCCCGAGACCAUAGCGGCCCUCCUGAAGGCUGGCAUUCACGUGUGGGUGCUGACGGGGGACAAACAGGAGACAGCCAUCAACAUCGGACACUCCUGCCAUCUGCUGAACCAAGGGAUGCCGCUCAUCAUCCUCAACACAGACUCCCUUGAUGAGACUCGGGACACCAUUAACCGUCACGUGGUCGAGUUCGGGGAGCAGCUGAAGAGGGAGAACGAGGCGGCGCUGAUCAUAGACGGCAAGACCCUGAUCUACGCCCUCACGCCAGACCUCCGCAAGGACUUCCUCGACCUCUGUGUGUCCUGCAAGAGUGUCAUCUGCUGCAGAGUGUCCCCGAGUCAGAAGGCAGAGGUGGUGGAGCUCCUUACAAGAGAGACGGGCUCGGUGACGCUGGCCAUCGGGGACGGCGCCAAUGACGUGGCCAUGAUCCAGAAGGCCAAUGUGGGUGUGGGCAUCGCCGGCCUUGAGGGGCUCCAGGCUGCCUGCGCCUCAGACUACGCCAUUGGCCAGUUUCGGUUUCUGGCGCGGUUGCUGUUCGUCCAUGGGGCGUGGAACUACAGCCGCCUGUGUAAAGUAAUCUUGUACAGCUUCUACAAGAACAUCUGUCUGUACGUCAUUGAGCUGUGGUGGGCGGCAAUGUCCGGCUGGUCAGGACAAGUGCUGUUUGAGCGCUGGAGCAUCGCCAUGUACAAUGUGCUGUUCACUGCCGCCCCGCCGCUGGUCAUGGGUAUCUUUGACCGCUCCUGCAGUGCUGAGACGCGCAUGAAGUAUCCAGAGCUGUACCGAGAGUCCCAGAGUGGCUCACAUUUUAACUGGAAGGUGUUCUUGUGGUGGGUGUGGCUGGCGCUGGUCCACUCUGUCCUGGUGUUCGUGCUGCCGUACUUCAGCAUGACACAGGACGUGGCGUGGGGGCAUGGCAUGGUCGGGGGCUACCUGAUGACGGGCAACAUGGUCUACACUUACGUUGUGAUCACUGUCUGCCUCAAAGCCGGCCUGGAGACGGAUGCGUGGACGUGGGUGACUCACCUCGCCAUCUGGGGGUCCAUCUCCUCCUGGUUCAUCUUCCUCCUCGUGUACUCCAACUUCUGGCCCGUGUUCCCUAUGGCCCCUGACAUGGCCGGGAUCUAUCUGCAGGUGUACUCGUCCCCUGUGUUCUGGUUCGGCGUCAUCCUCAUCCCUCUGUCCUGUCUGCUGCUGGAUGUCACGGUCAAGACGAUGCAAAACUCGGUGUGCAAGAGCCUGACAGAGCAAGUGCGGGAGAGUGAGAUAAGCAACAAGGACGUAUCCAAAGUCCUAGACACCAAGCAAAGGCUGAGUGAGACGGCUCGGCUCCUCAAGAAUGUGUUCCGCCGCACCACCACCACCCGCGUCAAUCUGGAAGUAGAGCUAGCCCAUGGCUACGCCUUCUCGCAAGAGGAACACGGGGUUAUGGGCCAGUCUGAGGUGAUUCGCUACUACGACACCACGCAGCCCAAGCCCGGCGGCAUGUAAGCGGGGACAGAGCUGCCGCACACCACCUGAAUCACCUCUGGGCCUCACCACGGUGUAGACGAGUGUAAGAGUGUAGCACGUGCAGCCUCACCCCAGCACCAGGAGCCCUUGUUUCGUGUAGCCUCUUUCCACGGCGUCUGUCAUUGGUCCCACAGUUUAUGACUCUAAAAUGUGUGUGUGUGACUGUAUUGCAUGUCUUGAGUUUUGAGUCGAGGGUACGUCAAUUAUGUCCGCCAGUUUGUAUGCGACGCUCUAUCUAGUACUCUAUCGGGAAUGAAACUACUCAAGGAAAGGGAAGUGAAGUAUUGUCAUUGUGAAUGUUUAUGAAUCUUCGUUGUGACAUUAGUUAAUUUCUACUCCUCAACUGAGUAUACAUUCCAGAGUAGUUUUGUUCCUUUCUUCCGUUCCAGUAACUGAUAAAAAAAACUCACUAUUACAACAGCAGGCUUAAUUUUUUUUUCUCAAGUGCAAAUGAAUUCUUCGGAAAAAUUGACACUUGGGAGAAACAAGUAAUGUGACUAUUAUUAUUAUUUGUGAUUACCAAAGACUUAAUGAUGCAACUGCUACUUCAUGCUGUCACUAUAAGCAGGUUAGAGAUAAGGGAUCGAAGCUGUUGUGAUAGUCUGAACGCUGAUUUUGUUAGUCACUGGAGUGGGUGUAGUCGGAAGGUUGAUACGAAUUGGCGAGCACACCCCAUGUUGGAAAGAGACAUUUUUUUGCCAUAAAUUUCAUCAAAAUCACAGGAAUGGGGUGUUAUCGGAAUGGUUUACACAAAGUGACGAACACACCCCACGUCAGGAUAUUUUUUAGCUGUGAACUGCUGGUGAAAUAACAUGCUAACAACUGCUGAAAGAAAACAAAACACUAGCAGAGAAAGAAAACAAAACACUAGCAGAGAAAGAAAACAAAACACUAGCAGAGAAAGAAAACAAAACACUAGCAGAGAAAGAAAACAAAACACUAGCAGAGAAAGAAAACAAAACACUAGCAGAGAAAGAAAACAAAACACUAGCAGAGAAAGAAAACAGAACACUAGCAGAACAAAAA